UCACAGAGGCGUGUGGAGCGGAAAUUGAACAUUCGGUGAGCUGACAGGAUUUGAAUUCGGGCGUCGGAAAAAAAACCAAACAAAAAAACGCUUUCCGUCCUAAUUGUCCACGUGAGACACUUUCUCCACUUCACUCAAGUCGAUGACACUCUGCCCGCUGCUUUCUAUGCCGGCUAAAGCUCGACGUUGUCACCGCCGUUUCAGUGGAAAGAUGGUGCCAUUCUUUCUGCUUUUCUUCUUUGCUGCGUCAGCCUUGCUCGCUGCAUCUGCGCACAAUACAUCUGCUGGUUGUGCUAUCAUCCGUCCUCCCAGAGAUGGUGGUAUAAGAUACAGAGGCCUUACACAGGAGCAGAUACGAAGUGUGCAGGUUCUCCCUGUUGACUACGAAAUCGAAUACAUCUGCAGGGGAAACCGUGUGAUUGUGGGACCUAAGGUCAGGAAAUGUUUGCCCAAUGGCACCUGGACCGAUCUGAACCAACAAAGUAGAUGCUUAUUGUUAUGUCCUCGUGUGUGGACAUCUUUGGAAAAUGGUCGAGUGUCUUCUUGGCCACCGGGACUCCCAGUGGAGGGAACUGUGCUGCACUAUAGCUGUCUCCCCGGCUUCAUCUUGAUGGGCCGAAACUCGACACACUGCAAUAAGUUGGGCAAGUGGGACACGCCCAAACCUGUGUGUCACUAUGACCGGCAUUUCAAAGCUCUCGGCAAGAAGAAGCUAUACAUCGGAGCUCUCUUCCCAAUGAGUGGAGGCUGGCCCGGAGGGCAAGCCUGCCUCCCUGCUGCUAAGAUGGCCUUGGCGCUAGUGAAUGAGAGGGCCGAUAUUCUUCCCGACUAUGAGCUGGAGCUAAUACAUUAUGACAGCAUGUGUGAUCCUGGAGAAGCUACCAAGCUGCUUUAUGACCUUCUGUACACAGAGCCCAUCAAGAUUGUACUGAUGCCUGGCUGCAGCUCUGUGUCCACACUAGUGGCUGAGGCUGCUCGCAUGUGGAACCUCAUCGUGUUGUCCUACGGGUCCAGUUCUCCAGCUCUGUCUAAUCGCCAGCGCUUUCCUACUUUCUUUCGCACUCAUCCGUCUGCUACGCUGCACAACCCCACUCGAGUCCAGCUCUUCCAGAAGUGGAGAUGGACCAAGAUUGCCACCAUUCAGCAGACAACAGAAGUUUUUACAUCCACCCUGGAUGAUCUCGAAGAGAGGGUGAAGGAGGCUAGGAUUGAAAUCAGCGUUCGUCAGAGUUUCCUCACUGAUCCUGCUGUGGCUGUCAAAAACCUCAAGCGUCAGGAUGCCCGGAUCAUUGUCGGCCUCUUCUAUGAGACUGAAGCCAGGAAGGUCUUUUGUGAGGUCUACAAGGAAAAACUGUUUGGGAAGAAAUAUGUGUGGUUCCUCAUCGGCUGGUACGCAGACAACUGGUUCAAAAUCAACGACCCAUCCAUCAACUGCACAGUGGAGCAAAUGACAGAAGCCGUCGAAGGUCAUGUGACCACUGAGAUUGUCAUGCUCAACCCAGAGACCGUGCGAGGAGCCUCCAAUUUGACGUCCCAGGAAUUUCUAGACCAACUGAUGUCAAAGCUGGGGGGUAAAAACUCAGAAGAGACUGGCGGUUUUCAAGAAGCCCCCCUGGCUUACGAUGCUGUGUGGGCCCUCGCUCUGGCUCUCAACAAGACUGUCGGACCUCUGAAGGCCAAGGGUCGUCGCCUGGAAGACUUCAAUUACAACAACCGAGAUAUAACCGCUGAAAUCUAUCGUGCCCUCAACACCAGCUCCUUCGAAGGAGUUUCAGGUCAUGUAAUAUUUGAUGCCCAAGGUUCUCGGAUGGCCUGGACACUAAUUGAACAGCUUCAAGGAGCAAGCUAUAAGAAGAUUGGAUACUACGACAGCACUAAAGGCAAUCUGUCCUGGUAUGGGAAUGACAAAUGGAUUGGUUCUGGACCACCUGCAGACCAGACAAUGGUCAUUGAGGAGUUCCGUUACCUGUCUCAGAAGCUAUUUGUGUCCAUGUCUGUGUUUUCUGGUUUGGGAAUCGUGCUGGGCAUCAUCUGCCUUACUUUCAAUAUCUACAACAGCAGUGUCAGGUAUAUUCAGAACUCGCAGCCAUACCUUAACAACAUGACUGCAGUGGGCUGUAUGAUGUCACUAGCGGCCAUCUUCCCUCUGGGCAUUGAUGGUCUUCAUGUCCACAGGAAGCAUUUUCCUGUCGUCUGCCAGUUUCGCCUGUGGCUGCUCGGUCUGGGUUUCAGCCUUGCAUACGGCAGCAUGUUCACCAAGAUCUGGUGGGUCCAUACUGUCUUCACCAAGAAGGAUGAGAAGAAGGAUAAGAAGAAGCACCUGGAGCCAUGGAAGCUCUACGCUACUGUUGGCGUCCUGCUUGGCCUCGACAUCUUGUCUCUCAUGAUAUGGCAGAUUGUGGAUCCUUUACAUAUCACUGUGGAGAAAUUCACCCGAGAAUCCCCAAAAGGAGACCUGGAUGUUUUAAUCCAACCAUUAUUGGAGCACUGCAGCUCUGAAAAAAUGAACACCUGGCUGGGUGUGGUGUAUGGUUACAAAGGCUUACUGCUGCUGCUCGGCAUCUUCCUGGCUUACGAGACUAAGUCUAUCUCCACGGAGAAAAUCAACGACCACCGAGCUGUAGGCAUGGCCAUCUAUAAUGUUGCUGUGCUCUGUUUGAUCACAGCGCCCGUCACCAUGAUCCUGUCUUCUCAGCAGGACGCUUCAUUCGCCUUCGCUUCCCUGGCCAUUGUUUUUUCUGUCUACAUCACCCUGGUGGUUCUGUUUGUUCCCAAGAUGCGACGCCUGAUCACACGAGGCGAGUGGCAAUCAGACGCCCAGGAGACGAUGAAGACUGGUUCAUCCAUGAACAACAAUGAUGAGGAGAAGUCCAGACAGCUGGAGAGAGAGAACAAGGAGCUACAGAAGAUCAUACAAGAAAAAGAAGAACGUGUAUCAGAGCUGAGGAACCAGCUGUCUGAGCGACAGGCCCUUCGAUCAAGGAGAAGACCAUCCACUGUCUCCAAUCAAAACCAUAGCAACCCACCGCUCGCCAUCCUCCCGACUGACCCCAGAUCACUGGCCCCGCCGCCAGGGUACCCUGCACCCGCUUCGGACCUGCAUGCGCUCUCCCCAUCAUUUGGCAACUCAUCUAGCCUUUACCAGCCUGACAACAAAAUCAGCCGCAAUAACUGUCACACCAGCCGGCUGCAGAUGCUCUACAAAUGAGGUGAACAUGAUCGGAGGGUUUUCGUGACAUUCAUUGUACAUGUUGAUGAACAAAAUAAGGUACAACAUGUGGCCUUAGACAUCUGUGAAGCGCAGAAUUUUGCAUCUGUCAUAUCCUAGUGGUGUGUGACGCCAACUAGGAGUUGAGAUAAUUGUUCCAUGUUGACCGUUUGCUAAUCUUAUCCCCCCUUAAGGACAGCGCUCUUGCUGAGACUUAUUCUUUAAGCAAGCCGUUCAGAUUAUGGCCCUACUGCUCCAUCAGAGUCAGGCAAAUUGAAAUAAUACUGCCUUCGAACAGCGUUUCUCCGCCUGUGGCUUGAGCGCUACCUGAGGAAAGAGCCGCGUUUCCUUUUCUCGCAAACGACAGCACAGAACCACUAUCAUGUCAAAGCUCGACAGACAGGCCAGAAAAGUUGAUAUGAAUUUUACCUAUUUGCCAACAAAACCUCAAAAUUACAUUAAAGUUCAUAACCAACUACAAUCAGUAAUAUCGUAUUCAAUCCAUAACUUCUUGAGGAAUGCCCUUUUGCUCUGGAUGCAGUUCAAAUGUAUGGAGUUGAUCGUCCAGGAUUCACACUCGGUAGACUUCAUGGUAAUGCGAAACAUAAACGCAGCGGCACAUCCCACAGGCAAAGCGGGCGAAGUCGGAAGUGGCUCAUUUACAUGUCACAGCGCAGCUCUUAAAUCGGCUUCCUCAUCCAUACGUGGAUGUUUACAGUGGGCUGAGACUGUGCUGUCAUUCUGGAUCCUUCUGGUAUUGUGACACAGGUAUCUUUUGUUAAGAACAGAUGUAAUCUCUGGGAAAAUGGCAUUUGUCACUUUUAACGUCUGCACAUGCUGUAUGUACCAUCAUGCAGUGGUUUCCAAUCUUGUAAUUACCAAAAUACAGUAUAUUAAGUUGUACUUUUACAGGACAAAAAAGCAAUGAGAAUAACAAAUAAUGAAAAUAUGUUUCACAAACAAUGAAAUAGUAAAUGUUAUGGCACAUUAACACCAUUAUCUGUAUGAGCAGUUGGCUGUUAAAAUGUGAUUGUGCAAAUGUUUGGGUCUGUUCCUGAGGAAGAACUAAACGGACCGAAGUCAUCUCUUAGAAUAGACACCAGCUGACCCACACCCAAAGGAGAACAAUGGAAACCUAACAAUGUAACAAUUCCAAGAAGAUCAAAAUAAUGAAAAGUAGGAUAUGACAGCAGUAGCACAGGAACUAAUAUAUUUUUGUGACGCAGCUAAUCGCUUUGUGGCGUGCCAGUCAGCUGAUACCAGCUGAUUCAGUCAGCCCUCAUCAGUUGAUUACUCAGUAAUCACUUCGCAGCUUACCGCAGUGAUCUAAAAAAAAGAUUAAAUGUCACAAUCAUAGGGAAGAACCGGGGAUCCCAAAACCCCUACUUGUUUUUUUUACUGCCCGUUUAAUCACGCUCACAUCCAACGCUAUCUUUGUCAUAAAUAGAGGAAAAUUCUUUCCUUUUCGGCUUAUGAUAGGUCAAGUCCAAUAACCUAUUCUAUUUUCAAAUUUGUCUUGAUUGUAUUGUCAACGCUGGAUAUACAUAUAAAACUGAUGACAAACACGUCCAAUGUUAAUAUUGGGUGAAAAAAGGCAACUCUCUUGCAAUGUUUGACCAUUACUUUAAGACCAGUUCCCUAAUGAGCAGUGGUGGGAAUUGUACUUAAGUGCAGUAAUGUAUAAUUUUAGAUUUUUCAAUUAUCUGUACUGUAUUUUUGAUGACUUUUUACUUUUGCUUCCUACAUUUAAAAACAAAUAUCUGUAACUUGUAUCCCCACUACUCAAA